AUGGAACAUCAACGGUGCUACAUCUACGAGUUGCCGAAGACAGAAGAGCGAUCGCCGAAACGCCAACGUACAAAUAGAUACAAUGCUCAAGCCCAACUGCCGGAACGCUUGCAGACCUAUCGAGAGCUAUGGGCGCAACAAGAGGAACGUAUACAGGAACAGGAUACGCUUGAGAAGGCGGAUAGUGCUGUGCAGGGAAAGAUUGUGAAUUUCAUCUCAGCGUCGUCUUCGAUGCCAGAUGAACGGAAAUCUGUAAUACCGACCGGGCUCAUCGUCGCAGGACCUAGCAUUGCGUCUCAUGGACCGUUCUUUGAGCGACUCGGUCGAAGUAUUAAGGAGGACGCAGGUAGCGCCUAUGUUGUGCUGACCUCUGGCGAAUGCCCUAACCUGAAGACGCUACUCAAGAACCUGAUCAAGAAGGCAACUUCCCGAGUGGAUGAUGAUGACGAAGAUGACCUGGACCGACCGGCCACUUCGUCGAAACAUGGGCCGAAGCUACUCAAUUAUGAUCUUGGCCACAUUCAAGAGUGGAACAAGAGAAAUCGUGUUUCGAGCAUCGUCGUCGCCCUACAAGAUAGUGAAGCUUUCGACGCCGGGUUACUUGUUGAUAUGAUCGACCUCUUCCAUUCAUGGCUCGACCGCCUUCCUUUCGUUCUUCUUUUCGGCAUCGCCACUUCGGCAGAGAGCUUCGAGGAUCGUCUAUCAGGGAAUUCGCUUCGCUAUCUUGAGGGCGAGAAAUUUGAUGUCACGCAAUCCGACGACAUCAUCGAGAAGCUUUUCAGUGCAACAGUUGCCAGCACACAUGUUCGCCUCCGCAUCGGACCCAACAUCAGCCGUCGUAUGCUAGACCGUCAGAAAGACCACGUACAAAACACGCAGGACUUCUGUGACGGGCUCAAGUACGCUUACAUGUCGCAUUUCUACGCUAGCUACCCAAGUCUCUUUCUCAAGGAGGACAUCGCCUUCAAGGACUUGUCUCCGGAUGCUUUCGAAGCUGUACGUAACCUUCCCUCGUUUCGACAAUGGGUAGAAAAGAAGCUAGAGCAGGGUCAAGCGCAAGAGGUACGAAGUCUACUCAACUCCAAUGAGUACAUGUUCGAACAAGUCAUGUUGCACAUUAAGUCCAGCCAGCAAGCCCUAUCCACCCUCAGUCACGCUGCGCAAGUUCUCUCCAACACACGGGAAGCGCUCCAGAUGUCUCCCAAAGUCCGGCUUUCUUCUAUAUGGACUCGUGCAGCGUCUGGGGAGUUGAGCAACUCGCCCCUUCUCCGCGAGACGAUGCUGUGCAUCAAGAAGAUUCCGUCCGACAAAUUAGUACUGUUGCUAGCGGCUAUGCAACAGCUCGAAGGAGACUACUUUUCCAUGGACAUCAGUCUUCUACAGAAAGAGAUCGAUAAGCUACUACAAACGAACGAUACCAAUGCGCCUCUGCGGACGCAGCAUGAUGUCCGCAAUGACAACCUCCGCACAACGGUUGUUGCGCAAAAGGUGCUUCUCAGCAAGCAUAAAGCAGCACUAUCAGAACAAGACAAGGCAUACUCAGACCUGGUCGGGCGCUUCUAUGACAAGCUUGAAGCGUAUUUCGAUUCAGCGUUCAUUGACCCGCGGACACUAUUCCUCUCAGAGGUCCUCGUGUACGAUCUCAAAUCGCCACAUACGGAGGUCUUCCAACCGAAACCACGCUUCGCCAUCGAGCGCGCGCUCGCGUCUCCCCAUGAUUAUCUGGGUUGUGACUGCUGUACCGGAGUUGAUGGUAACGAGGCUGCGUUGUCUGCCACUCAGCCUGCGACUGCUAUUGUGUACCAGAUGUACCUUGAGUCGGGGACCUUGAUCAAUGUAAGCGACUUGUGGUCCGCUUUCAAUGCGAUUGCUGGAGAUGGAGACGAGGAGAAUGAGUCGAAGACAAUGGCGAUUUUCCAGCGGGCAUUGGCCGAGCUCAAGUACCUAGGUCUCGUCAAACCCAGCAGGAAGAAGACCGACCACAUAACGAAAAUCAUGUGGAAGGGUCUCUGA